AUGUAUACCAACAGUGUUAGUGGCGAUGGUCUUCACGUGUAUACCAACAGCGUUAGUGACGAUGGUCUUCACGUGUAUACCAACAGGGUUAGUGGCGAUGGUCUUCACAUGUAUACCAACAGCGUUAGUGGCGAUGGUCUUCGCGUGUAUACCAACAGCGUUAGUGACGAUGGUCUUCGCGUGUAUACUAACAGGGUUAGUGGCGAUGGUCUUCACAUGUAUACCAACAGCGUUAGUGGCGAUGGUCUUCGCGUGUAUACCAACAGGGUUAGUGGCGAUGGUCUUCACAUGUAUACCAACAGCGUUAGUGGCGAUGGUCUUCGCGUGUAUACCAACAGCGUUAGUGACGAUGGUCUUCGCGUGUAUACCAACAGCGUUAGUGACGAUGGUCUUCACAUGUAUACCAACAGGGUUAGUGGCGAUGGUCUUCACAUGUAUACCAACAGCGUUAGUGGCGAUGGUCUUCGCGUGUAUACCAACAGGGUUAGUGGCGAUGGUCUUCACAUGUAUACCAACAGGGUUAGUGACGAUGGUCUUCACAUGUACACCAACAGCGUUAGUGACGAUGGUCUUCACGUGUACACCAACAGCGUUAGUGACGAUGGUCUUCACGUGUACACCAACAGCGUUAGUGACGAUGGUCUUCGCGUGUACACCAACAGCGUUAGUGGCGAUGGUCUUCGCGUGUACACCAACAGCGUUAGUGGCGAUGGUCUUCACGUGUACACCAACAGCGUUAGUGGCGAUGGUCUUCACGUGUAUACCAACAGCGUUAGUGACGAUGGUCUUCACGUGUAUACCAACAGCGUUAGUGACGAUGGUCUUCGCGUGUAUACCAACAGCGUUAGUGACGAUGGUCUUCGCGUGUAUACCAACAGCGUUAGUGACGAUGGUCUUCACAUGUAUACCAACAGCGUUAGUGACCACCAACAGCGUUAG